AUGCUUUUUGGUACAUUCAUUGGUAAUUGGGCAGCACCAGCCUCUGAUGAGCUGCAAGAAAUAUACGUUGACACAUGUCAAUUAAGCUGUGGUCUAGUUACUAAUAAUCACGAAGCAGACGAAUGUCGUCAAAAGUUUUGUCCUAAUUAUGUUCAUUAUUUAUUAACAGGUUUUACACUAUCGGAUUCAGCACCUAGUAUUGCAUCAAAUGAUAAAAAAGAAGUGGCAAAAUUUUGCGCUACAUGGAUGGUUCAUUUACUUCAAGAACUUGGCUGGAACCGACGUAUUCGUCUGAAUCUCAAAGAAUGUAAUUGUGCUGGUGGCACCGAUUGUCUUAUUCAAUAG